AUGAAGACCAUAAGAGAGGGCGGUAUUCUGGGCAUGGGAAACCCUCUGCUUGAUUUGAUGGUGAAAGUGGAAAGUGACGUCCAUGAUCGAUAUAAUUUAAAGAAGGACGACGCAAUCCUAGCAGAUGAGCAUCAUAUGCCAUUAUACGAUGAAAUUUCAAAGGAUCCUAAUGUCGAGUAUGCAGCCGGUGGAGCAACACUCAAUACGAUGCGAAUGAUACAGUGGAUUUUAAGAGAUCCACACAGAUGCACAUAUAUUGGAUGUAUUGCCGAUGAUGAAGCGGGUGAUCGACUAAGAAAAGAGUGCGAAAAUGUCAAGCUCUGUACCCGUUUUGAAGUUGCAAAAAGCGGAGCAAGCACUGGGAAGUGUGCCGUCCUAGUACACGGCAAAUACAGAAGUCUCGUUACGCACUUGGGUGCAGCUAAGGAGUUGACAAUUGACCAUAUUUUCAAGACAGAAACGUGGCAGUCAAUCGAAAAUGCCUGUGCAUACUACCUUGCG